AUGCUGAGUACAGGGGAAGGUGUCCUCCUUUCCAUUGCAACUAGUGAGGCGAUGCUGGGAGUUAUAGGGAAUGGGUUCAUUGCAGUUGUGAACUGCACAGACUGUACCAGGAACAAGACAAUAUCUAAGAUUAGUUUCAUUCUCACAGGCUUGGCAAUUUCCAGAAUCUUCCUUGUGUGGCUACUAAUUUCAGAGGCAUACAUUAAGAUAGUCUCUCCACACUUGCUGUCCUCUAUCAACAUCAUUGAACUCAUCAGUUAUCUAUGGAUAAUUAUCAGUCAAUUGAGUUUUUGGUUUGCCACCACCCUCAGUAUCUUCUAUUUUAUAAAGAUAGCAAAUUUUUCCCACUACAUUUUUCUCUGGUUAAAAAGAAGAAUUAAUACAGUUUUCUUCCUCCUGAUAGGAUGCUUGCUUGUGUCAUGGUUAUUUACUUUCCCAGUAGCUGUAAAGAUCAUUAGAGAUAGUACAAUGCAAUAUAUAAAUGCAUCCUGGCAGAUCGGCAUGAAGAAAAAUGAGUUAAUCUUUCACUAUGCUUUCAUCAAUAUGGGAAUAUUUUUAUUCUUUAUGAUAAUGUUAAUUGUGUGUUUUCUGCUAAUCAUUUCCCUUUGGAGACACAACAAGAGGAUGCAGUUGAGUGAAUCAGGAUUCAGAGACCUAAACACAGAAGUUCAUGUGAAAGCAAUAAAAGUUUUAAUGUCUUUUAUCAUCCUUUUUGUACUGCAUUUCAUGGGUGUUACCAUCAAUAUAAUAUGUCUGUUCAUCCCAGAAAGCAACCCGUUAUUCAUGUUUGGCUUGACAACUGCAUUUAUCUAUCCCUGCUGUCACUCACUUAUCCUAAUUCUAGCAAACAGUCAACUGAAGCAAGGCUCUGUAAGAAUAUUACAAUUAAAGUGCUCUGAGAAAGAAAAGCCACAUGACAGUCUGGAAGAAAAAUGA